AUGUGUUCCGUUCCUAUUGGUGAUAUUGAAGUGUCAUUUCCUUUUAACCCAUAUCCGGCACAGGUGGAGUAUAUGCAAGCUGUCAUUAAUGCUCUUAAUAAUGGUACCAAUGCUUUGCUAGAAUCUCCAACAGGAACUGGCAAGACACUAUGUCUUCUUUGUGCUACUCUUGCUUGGUUAGAGGAAAGACGUAAAAAUGAACGAAUAAAGUGUUUGAAUGAACAGGCAGGAAUGACAAGAGUAAUGUACUGUAGUCGUACUCAUGCACAAUUAAGUCAAGUUAUUCGUGAAUUAAAGCGAACACGUUAUGGAAGUGUUUUUUCAAUGUCUAUAUUAGGUUCAAGAGAACAUAUGUGUGUUCAUCCACAGGUAUUAAAUCUUCGUACUGCACAUGCCCAACAAAGUAUGUGUAAUACACUUAGAGAAGAAAAAAAUUGUCGAUAUUACAGAGGGUUUCAAUCUCGUAGUUCUCAAAAUGCGAUAGAAAUAAAUGAUUCAGAAGUACAUGAUAUGGAAGAUUUGGUAUCUAAAGGUCGUAGUUGUGGAUUUUGUCCUUACUAUAUGGAAAGAGAACAAGCAAAGGAAGCUGAUAUUGUAUUUCUUCCUUAUAACUAUAUGUUUGAUUUAUCUUUACGUAAACAACUUCCAUUUGAAGUAAAAAAAUCUAUAUUAAUUGUUGAUGAGGCUCAUAAUUUGCCUUCAAUUUUAGGUUCAUCAUCUUGUAUGAAUCUUUUACCUUUAGAUUUAACAAAUGCUAUUCAUGACUGUUCUAGAGCUCUUGCUAUGCAAAGACUUAUGAUGGAAUCCGCUUCUGAUGAUGACCCUCAGGAAAGUUUGAUGGAUGAACAAGAAAUCUCUUCAUUAAAAAUUAUUCUUUGUGGAUUAGAAACUCGUAUUAAUGAAGAAAAAAAUGAGCAAAAUGAAAAAUCUACAAAGACUUCUAACAAAAUUGUGGUUACAUCUAGUGAAGAAAUUGUACGAGAGGGAUCCUAUAUGAUUCCUUUUUUAGCUAAAGCACUUAUUACGAAGAAAUUAUUUACUGGAGGUAAUCAACAAGGAGGUGGAAUUAACGAUGUUAUGACUAAAGCCAUUACUAUUUUAGCCCAAAGUGAAGGAGCAGCAACAGGUCUUGCAAAAGUACAACAAUUUUUAAAUUUUGUUUUUGAACACAAUGAUGAGGGUGAUGAAGAUGCUUGUCGUUUUGUUAUACAGAGUGUUAAAGGUAUGGAUGGAAGACAAAUGCAACGAUCUCUUGGUUACUGGUGUCUUGACACCUCACGUACUGUACAGAGGCUAGUCUCUGGUCUUCGUUCUCUUCUUUUAACGAGUGGCACACUUUCUCCUCUUGAUCACUUUGCUGCAGAAUUGGGUUUAUGCUUUGAUGUCUCUCUAAAGGGCAGUCAUGUGAUUCAGCCCCACCAGGUGGUGGGCUCUGUGCUUUGCAAAGGUCCUGGUGGGGAAAGACUCAAUGGGAGUUACGUAUUCCGUGGGCGGACGGACUACCAAGUGGGGCUUGGCAUGUGUCUGGUGAAUCUCGCGCGCCACACACCCGGCGGGGUUUUGGUUUUCUUCCCAAGUUACGCGGCGCUGGGGACGGCGGUGGCGGUUUGGCGGGCCGGCGGCGAAGAAAAGGAAAAGAAAGAAAAGGAGGGGGAGGAGGGGGCGGGGGAGUUGACGGUGUGGGGGCGGCUGGCGGCCCUUAAGCCCGUCUUUGUGGAGCCGGCGUCCGCCGCGGACCUCCCCGCCAUCGUGGCGGCCUUCCAGCGGGCCGUCGACGCCGCACCCGCACGUGGGGCCAUUCUCCUCGCCGUGUGCCGCGGGAAGAUCAGCGAGGGUGUGGACUUCGCCGAUCAUCACGGUAGAUGCGUGGUCGUUGCCGGUAUCCCAUUCGCCAACCACACCGAUCUCUUCGUACGGCUAAAACGGGACUACAUCACAAGUGUCGCACCACAACGACCAAAGGUGCAGGGGAAAUUAUUUACAGGGGAUGAUUGGUAUAUUAAUGAGUCUAUGCGAGCAGUGAAUCAGUGCGUUGGACGUGUUAUACGGCAUAAGGAUGAUUACGGAGCCGUUUUGUUGGCGGAUGAACGAUAUGCUAAUCAAUUAGGCGGACUGUCAAAAUGGGUGGGAGAAAGAUGCUCUGUUCAUCGUGAAUUUCGUGAAACAUACGCAUGUAUAGCGAAAUUUUUUGCUUCUUUUAGGCGUCGUAUGUGUGAUGGAUUACUUCGAUCAUCUAAUUGUACGGAUUCAUCUUCUUCUUUUUAUAAUACUACUAUUUCGGGUUCCGUAACACUUGGAAGUAUUUCUAUGGUACCAAAAGCAGAAGAAAUUCCAGAUUCUGCAGAGAAGGCAAAACGUUUCGCAGCUGAACAAAUGAAUAAAGUAACUGCUGAAAAGGUUGGACAGAUCCAAAAAUGUCUUGCCGAAGCAGAAGAGGUACCUUCUCUUGCCCUUCAUGAUUCUUUUCCUACUAGUAAAGAGACACCAGUAUCUGCAUUAUCACCAUUACCAUUACCAUCAACAAUAACAAGAUCAGAAACCGUAUCGCAACCACCCUUAUUUAAGAAACAGGUACUACCUGUACUUCCUGCGUUACCAGAAUCUAAAGAAAAAACUGAAGUUAAAACUUUAGUUGGAUCAACUUCAAAGGAGUUCUGUCUAUUUAUGAAGAAAAAGCUUCAACCUGCGAGCUACGAUAAGUUUCGUGAUAAAUUAAAACAAAUUGCCUCUAUACGUGAUACCCCUAAUUUAUCUGUUGAUGCUAAAAAAAGAGGUCUGGACGCUGCUGUAGAUGAUCUUGCAGUGUUAUUUAGAGAAGCAGCUGCUGAACACGAGAAGGAUUUAUUAUUAGCAUUUGCUCAACAUAUUCCGGCGGAAUUUCGGCCGUAUUUUACUCAUCUACUACAAAAACGACGCAGAGCAUCAUGA